AUGGCGACUCCUGCCAAAAACAACACGGCCAGCGCCAACCCCGGCGUUACCCCAACCCAGAUCACUUCCUCACCCUAUCCAGCUCCCUCGGCGGUGCCCAUGGGACGCCCGCUAUCGCAUAUUUCACCAUCAGCAACACGAACCCCCUCACACCACCAUCAACAGCAACAACACCAGCAUCAGCAACAAUCUCACCCAGGACAGCAGCAGCAGCAGCAGCCUACCUCGUCGCAUUCACAGGCACCGGCACACCAGUACACGCCUAUGCUUGAUGAUGCCGCAGGGUUUAGUUCGCCUUCUGCACUUCUAGCGCUGGGUUUAUCUGGCAUAACACCUUCUCCCGGCCCUGGGGGAGUCGCGAUGACAGGCGGACUAAGUAUGGGCAUAGGCAUGGGGCUAAGCAUGUCUGACGCGAUGGGGAUGGGAAUGGGAAUGCCACUUGACCUGCCCAUGCACUCGCUGCCAGGCGCAACAGCGAAAGAUACGGAAGCAGAGAAACGACGAAACAUGUCUGAGGUGCUAUCUAUGCUACGGUCACGGGUGGCGGGACGCGGCGUGUGUCGAGAGGCCGUUGAACGACUUGGCACGCUGGAAGGAUUCGAGUGUAUGUGGCAGGAUAAUAACCUAAGCAUCGCGGGGAACAGCGUUGAUUUGGAGAUUGAGUUUGGCCGAGACGGGACAGAAGCUGAUGUGGUGAAGGAUGUGACGCUCCGUUAUGCUACGCAGGAUAUGGCUGAAGGAGAGAAGAGGGAAGCUGCAUCAGCAGUGCUGAAGAGGGUGUUGACAUUUGGCGAUGAUGGUGAUGGUGAUGCUGAGGAACGAGUAGCUGCAGGAGAGUGGAAGCCAGUCGAUGCAUUCCACGCGAACCUGACGCGGCUGGCGAGAAUGGAUGGGUUGUGCAGAGAGGUCAACUGCUUCGAGGCGGUGGAAGGGGUACAUGAGAGCCUGCAGAAGGUUUGGGACAGCACGGGUAAGGGCACGGACCCGGACCUGAAGCUGAACACAGACACAGACACAGACACAGACACGAAAAAAACCACGUCUGGGCCCGAAAGCAGGUUCUGGGAGCGGCUGUGUAGGAGCAGCAGUGUGGGCUGUCCCACCAUGCACCGGGGCGAGAACGUUGGCCUGGCGAUACACUACUGGGCAGACCAACGGCGGCUACUGGAUGCUCAACGCACGUCGCUUGAAGAGGUACUGCAGGCUGAGCUGUCCCCGUCCCUGAAGCGGUCUAAGGGGAGCAGCAGACGGCAGGUAUACAGUGCUGUGAUAGAGUGUGAGGCUGGCUACCCGUCACUACGCAUAUCUAAGGGCUGGGUGGGCGAUCCUACGGUGCUACCGACGCAGGACGAGAACAACAACGAAAACAAUAACGAAAACGAUAUUAAUAUCACCAACAAUGAAAAGAGCAACAAUAAUGAUAACGAGGGCAAUAAUGGCGCCGACGAUACGAACGGCAAGGUUGGCAAGACGCGAACGAACUGGCUAGAGCCCGACCCAACACUCGUCUCGACCGAUCCUCUGCUGCCGUCGAGUCCACCGAAUGUGCGCUUCGUGGCACGCUUGGAGCCAGCGAUACAUGUGCCCAUCGUCGUGGCAGCAGAGGUGUAUCGCCUGGUCGGGAUAGCGAUGCCGCAGGAGACGAGGGCGCCAGCCGCCUAUGAUGCGCUUGUGGUACCUGUUGAGCGGCGGCCAUCGCGAACAGGAAAGGGGGAAGGCGGGGACGAGCAGGAAGAAGAAGAGCAUGUGAGGACGGUACCUAUCUUUGGCCAAACAGAAGGAGGAGAAGACGAGGUGACGAGGAAGAAGCAUGUGUACAGCUUCCAUGCCCUGGAGCAUGUGCCUGGCUAUACGGUGAGGGAGCUUCCCUUUUCGCAUCCUCGACAGAUAGAGGAGGUCAUCCCCUUGCUUCGACAGUAUGCUCUUCUCGGCAAGCUACUCAGCGUAUUUCAGAUGGGCACAAGCAAUAAUUCCAAGGGUAAGAACGAGGAUGAUGAAGAUCAAGAGUCUGACGAUGAAGGGUACAUGCAAGAGGGCCAUCGAAUGGACAAUGUCGAUGCAGCAGAGACUCGGCUGAACAGCCUUCUCUCAUCUACCGACAAGAGCGACGAGACGAAACGCAUCUCGAUCAGCCUACGGACGCCUGUCUCAUCACCGCCGACCCUGCUGGUCGUCUUCCCCCUGGCAGCCUAUCCCUCUUCCUCCUCUUCGUCUUCUCCCUCUUCUUCUCCCUCUUCCCGGACAGCCAGCGUCACAGUCGAGGUGCUCCCCGACGGCCGGCUGCAAGUGCCCUGCACCCGCGGGAUCGUCGAGGUCGAGCCCUCUGCCUCUGGGCCCGCCAACACGCCCACGCGAGCUGCCGAGGAGGAGAAGAAGCUGUGUGGCUUGCUGGGUCGUGUCCUGGAGACAUGCGAGGAUCUGGGGUUGCUGGUCGAGUCCGCCUGCAAGUACGCCGUCCGCCGGCAUCGCAGCUAG